AGAAAGCGUUGUGUUUUGGUGGUAAUGGUUGGAUUGUGUGGUUAAAAAAAAAAAAAAAAGCAAGCCAUAGUGCACCACAAUCACAUCCUCCGCCUGUCACAUGACACAAUCGCUAUGACGACCCUAUUUUCAUGCCUAUUAGAGCAUACUAAAUGUGAGUGCUAGUAGCACAUGACACGCACAGUGAUGCUCGUUAGAGCAACACAUUUUUUUUUUUUUUUUCACGACUGUUAAUCAGAGAGUUAACCCGCACCGUAGCCGUGUGCUAAGUGAAGCGACACGUGUCCUGAGCACGUCCUGCGUGUCUUCUCGUCACGGCUGCGUUGUCUCGGGAUUGAGGACGAAGUGGGCAGGAUGUCAUUCAAACUCGAUUGCACAUAAUUGGAUACCGGCCUAGUGGCCGCCCCCAGAUCUGCCAGACAGGACAGGGCUUUAGAAAGACCCUGCAGGGUGAAUAUCACACCCCAACACACACACACACACUCACACACACUCUCACACACAUACACACACUCACACACAUACACACACACCAAGUGUAAGGAUUGUUCCUAUACUCAGCAAUGCUAGCUGUCUUCUCCUAGCAUUUUUUUUUACAUUUUUUUGUCUGUAGUCACUAACAAGCUGUACACACUUACCCAAGGAAAAAAAUCCACAGAUUUAAAGAAUUGCAGAAAUGCAUUAUGGGUAUUCUGUACCAUCUACAGCGCAUGAGAGCAUUAGUUAUUGUCCGCUAUGGUUUUUAAAAUGGCUAUGACGUGGAAAAACUACCAAAAUAGUGCGCUGUGAAUGAAUAUGGUGAACUUCGUCAUUCUAUACCACUUAAAUUAAACUGUAUUAAAUAAUAAAAUAGACUAGGAACAGCUUUAUACUCAUUAAAAUACCAUGAUUAUGAAUAUACAUGAAUAUGCAAAUUAAUGUACAGUAUCCUAACCAUAGCCAAGAUAUGCUAAUAAUCAAAACUAGUCAAAUAAUAUCAAUAAUCAAAACUUUGUUCAAGACUUUCGCCGGUUUUAGACGGUGCGGUUUGAGCGCUGUACGAGAUCUCGUUUUAUAAUAAACGAGUGUGUGAUAAAGUGUGUUAUAAAUGUCAGAUUACACGAUGAAGAUCCUCUGACGAAAGACCUGCGAUUAAAGAAAAUUACUACGUACGACGCCGCUUACGUUACCGAUCAGCGUGAUCCAGAAGUCAACUCAGACUCGCAUAAAAACAAACAUUCUCCAAAGUUAGCUUGAGGUUAAUAAGGAAUAAGGAGAUUUUUCUGUCCAUUAGUGUGUCGUUUACGUUUCACCGUCGCCGCUACCGUAUUUGUAGCUGUCCCGAGAAUUUGCCGUCUUCCUAUUGGUGGAUUUUAGACAAGCGUCUUAGCGGCGCUCACAUUCUGAGGUUUUCUUUCAGAGAGAUUCUUUGCUCACAGCGGCACUAAAUCAGCAGAAGUCUUUUACGAUGUGUGAUUUUUGUCUGCGAUGGCUGAAAAUCGUACAGCGUAAAUCCGACUUAACUUUAGCUAGGAUAGCUACCUCGCUUAGCAUACAGGUUCUGUGGCUAAAUUUCUGCGUAACACAUCAUCAUCCUCAUCAUCAUCCUCAUCAUCAUCAUCAGGAAAAAGGAAAAAAUGUGACCCGUGUGCUGUCUUAAUACGUAAAUCGGAUCCAAACACCAAUCAGACUUGUAUAAUCAGACUUGGAUUUGAUUGGAUUAAACAUCACACCUUUGAGUUCAGGAGUAUUUACAUAUUUCUAUAAAUAUCACAUCCUCUAUAUACAUAAAUAUCACCCAGUCUCUUUCCCAUGUGCCUUGUCCUUACUUGGCUUUUCUUUACUCAUACGCUAAUAAGCGCUGAGAUUGCUUCAUUCUGAUUGGCUGAUGGUGCUGUCCAUCAUUUGUGGGCGGAGUCAGGGCCAUCCAGCGCGUGGUAGUGGUGUGUGUUCGGUCUUGAGCUGUGUGUUUAAUCCUGCUGAGAGAAAUGAGAGAAACUUCCCCGGAUUGAAGGAGAUAUUGCUGAAGUCGGGGUGAUGUUCUGUAAAACCAGACAAGCAGGAGGAGAAUAAAGAGAGGAAUAAAGAGAGGAAUAAAGAGAGGAGGAUAAUCAGAUUAAAAUCAGGUUUUUGUCUCUCACACCGGAGCUGCAUUAGGAAUCGAUGAAUUGGACAGAGGUGGAUUGCUAGCUGACCAAAAGACGAUGAUUACUACUCAAAUUGCGAAGCUCUAGCUGUGUAGUGAUUACUAGAACUGGUCAGGGAUGGGAAACUCGGAGAGCCAGUACAGCAUACAGGGGUCUCGGAGCAGUAGCUUCACGCUCCCUAACAGACAGAAGCCCUAUUCAGUGAAGCUCCAUUCUUCCAAAGAAGAGGUUUUAUCAUCUCAUGGCUGGUGGAGGACAGGAUCACGGGUUUCUGGCUUCAAAUCCAAAACGGUAUCUCGUGGCUGUUUGUCGCAGCACAAGUCUAAUCAGUCGUCCAUAUCGAGGCAUUGUGACUACAUUGCCAAAGGAAGAGAAGCAAAGAGAAGGAUUAGCGCUCAGUGGAACGGUUCACCAAGAGCACAUGUAAUGCCGCCGUCUGAGAACGGUCGCCUCGAGGAAAAUGGACGGGAUUGUAACGGUCACACUGUAAACGGAUACAAGACACCCGAGAGGAAGCCCAAACCGGAGGAACUGGAAGAUCACAGCAGCCCGAGAGUCGUGAUCAAGAGUGACGGCAGCGUUCGGGUCGAGUUUAGUCAGAUCUCUAAAAACUCAACGCUUCCGGAUGAGAACGGAGGUCCCGUCCAGCUGCUGAAGUUUUCCCCCACGUCACACUCCGUGCCCACCCCGGAUCGUGAAUCCGCUCCAGCGGCGAACAGCCCCACCACCAGGACCAGCAAGCGAGGCUCACUGAGCUCAGAAGGCAGCUGGUACGACUCGCCCUGGGGUCCCGGUGCCGAGCUGAACGACGACGACGACGUCAGCGCAUCGCCCAACAGGGUAUCAGAAACGCUUCCCUCCGUGCGCAUCGAGUACUUCGACGAGCAGCUACCUUCUCGCCAUCUUUACCGGGACCCCGGCAUGGCCACCACCUUUCCCAGCGCCAAAGAUCUGACGCUUGCAAAUGAGAUGUCGUUCAAACACAGGUCCUCGUUUGUGUGUGUGAUGGAAGAACCUGUUCUAGACGAGUCCUCUGGGGCAAGGCAGUACUCUUCCUUCACGUUACCGUGUCCCAAACCCAAACCCAUCACAGAGAACACCGGCACGAAGGAAGCGAUCAGGAACAGAAUGAGAAGGCUCAGUGAUUGGACCGGGAGCCUGACCAGAAGGAAGAAGAAGUCGAAGGAGCCGAGAUAUAAAGAGCCUAUCGAUUGUUUCGACAGCGGUAUAGACGGUCUAACGGCUGACACCAGCUCCCCCUCUCAGGUGUCCAGUCUGCUGGGGUACACCAAGGUUCAGUCUCGGGCCCGCUCCCAGUCCCAGGUUCUGCCCUCCUGCGGCGGUUCUGUCGGCGCCCUCCAGCCGGGCACGGACGCUUUGCGGCAAAACAUCUACGACAACUUCAUGAGGGAGCUGGAGACGAGCCACACGGCUGCAGGAAGCGGCGAGGAAAGAGGCGAGAACUCGGCAGAGGACACAGAGAGCAGCAGUCAGGAGACGGUGGGCUCGCUGGAGCAGCUGGAUCUGCUGUGCGAGAAGGAGCAGGGCGUGGUGAGGAGAGCCGGGUGGUUGACCUUUAAACCUCUGCUCACGCUGCACAAAGACCGCAAGCUGGAACUGGUGGCCAGGCGCAAGUGGAAACAGUACUGGGUGACUCUUAAAGGCUGCACUCUGCUGUUUUACGAGACGUAUGGGAAAGGUUCUCCAGAGCAGGAGACUUUACCAAGUUACGCUCUGCUGGCCGAGGACGGAAUAGUCCAGGCCGUCCCCGAACACCCGAAGAAGGAGAACGUGUUCUGCCUCAGCAAUGCCUACGGUGACGUCUAUCUCUUUCAGGCCACUAGCCAAACGGAUUUAGAGAACUGGGUUACGGCGAUCCACUCGGCCAGCGCGUCUCUGUUCGCCAAGCGCCAUGGCAAGGAGGACACGCUGCUCCUGCUCCGAGGACAGAUCCGCAGUCUGCUGCAGAAGAUCGACAUGGACGGAAAGAUGAAGAAGAUGGCGGAGCUCCAGCUGUCUAUUGUAACAGAUCCAAAGAACAGGAAGGCCAUCGAGAACCAGAUCCAGCAGUGGGAUCAGAACCUGGAGAGGUUCAACAUCGAUUUGUUCCGCAUGCGCUGCUACCUGUCCAGCCUGCAGGGAGGAGAGCUGCCCAACCCCAAGAGCCUCCUGGCCGCCGCCAGCCGUCCCUCUAAAGCUGCUCUCGGCCGCCUGGGAAUCUUCUCCGUCUCCUCUUUCCACGCGCUGAUCUGCUCCAGAGACGAGGCCACGCUGAGGAAACGUUCUCUGUCUCUGUCCCAGAGAAGCCGCAGUAGGAGAGGAGUGUUCUCCUCGCUCAAAGGCCUGGACAGUUUGACCAAACGCAGCCGAGAGAAGAGACCCUGCGCCUCACAGGAUUGCAUUUCCAUGAGCUACUGCUCUCACACUGGUGUCUGUGAGGUUUUUGACAGCGCUGCAGGAGAACACUUCGGCUUUGUUCCUCCGUACAGCAGAGAGAGACUGGACGCUCUAGCUGACGGUUACUCGCUAGCCCCCCCCGAUGGCGGUCAGUGGGACCGCGGCGUGACGGAGAAGCCGGCGUGGGUUUACAUGCCCGACUGUCAUGCGGUUGCGGUGGCUCUGAGCCGACAGCACACGGUCACCGAGGUCCUGAACACGGCCUGCAAGGUGCGGAACCUGGACCCCAGCGUACACCGCCUGCGUCUGCGCAGAUGCGUCAGUGAUCGGAUGGAGGUCUGGACUCCAGCACCGCACGAGCUCCUUCAGGACCUGUUGUAUGAUGAGUUGGAGGUCAGCGCUCUCAGUGUCUACACUCUCCACAUGACCAAACCCACAUGCACUGGGGAUUUUGGGUUUGCCGUUACAGGACACGUGGACAGCCUCAGCCACAGCCGCAUCGUUGUCACUGAAGUUCUCUCAGACGGAAUCGCCUUCAGUGAAGGUCUGAGACCGGGAGAUGAGAUCCUGGUUCUGAACGGCUGUCAGGUCUCGUCUCUGGACCUGGCUCUCAUUCAGACGCUGUUCAGUGAGAACACACUGCACCUGACCAUCAGACGAGAGCCGACUGCCUCAACACACACACCCCUAACACACACAGCCAGCAGCCUGCAGCCAGCGAGGGACUCCCUGUACCGCCAUCACAGAGCCAAGUCUGCUACAGACGUGUCGUGUGUGUCCGAGGCCUCGGGUAAAGCCGAUGUAGAGACGAAGCGACAUCAUCGCCAGAGCCUCAGAGCCGUGCAGCUCAGCAAGAGCGUGGAGACGGUGUGCACGCUGUAUCACUCCUUCCAGGACGCUUCUGCAGGACUGAUGGAGAUCCAGAAGGAGACGGCGGGACCGGACGCCACCCUGCUCAGGCCCUGUCCGCGUCACAUGUCCGUCACCGAGAGACUGCGGAAAGUCAUCCAGGAGUUAGUGGACACUGAGAAAUCCUACGUCAAGGAUCUGAGCUGCUUGUUUGAGAUCUACCUGAAGCCCCUGCAGAAGGAGACGUUUCUCACACUGGAUGAGAUGGAGAGUUUGUUUGGGAGUCUGCCGGAGAUGCUGGACUUCCAGAAGGUGUUUCUACAAACCCUGGAGGAGAGGAUCGCCUCGACUCCGGACUUCAGCACACUGGAGACCCCCGUGCAAUUCAAGAAGCUGCUGUUUUCUCUCGGUGGAUCGUUUCUCUACUACGCCGAUCACUUCAAGCUCUACAGCGGCUUCUGCGCCAACCACAUCAAGGUCCAGAAGGUUCUGGAAAGAGCUAAAACAGAUCGAGCCUUUAAGGAGUUCCUGGACGCGAGGAAUCCCACCAAGCAGCACUCGUCUACUCUCGAGUCCUAUCUGAUUAAACCAGUGCAGAGAGUGCUGAAGUACCCUCUACUGCUGCGAGAGCUGGUGUCUCUGACCGACACGGACAGCGAGGAGCACUAUCACCUCACAGAGGCCUUGAAGGCGAUGGAGAAAGUGGCCAGCCAUAUAAACGAGAUGCAGAAGAUCUAUGAGGACUACGGCGCCGUGUUUGACCAGCUGGUGACGGAACAAAGUGGCUCAGAAAAAGAGGUCACAGAGAUUUCCAUGGGAGAGUUUCUCAUGCAUUCCUCAGUGAUGUGGCUGAACCCGCUCCCGUCUCUGGGCCGCAUGAAGAAGGAGCCGGAAUUGACCGUAUUUGUGUUUAAGAAAGCAGUGAUCCUCGUCUACAGAGAGAGCAACAAGCUUAAGAAGAAAAUGAACGUUCCACGCUCCGCCCACUCUCACGGAGAUCAGGACCCCUUCAAGUUCCGCUGGCUCGUUCCUCGCUCCGCGCUGCAGGUCAGACUGGGCAACACGGCAGAAAGCAACUGCGUGUGGGAGCUGAUCCACACCAAAUCGGAACUGGAGGGCCGACCCGAGACGGUGUUCCAGCUGUGCAGCAGCACGCCUGAGAGCAAAGUGAACAUGGUCAAGGUGAUUCGCGCUGUUCUGCGAGAAAACGUGCGCAAAGGGAUGCGAGCAAACGAGCGGCCAGCUGAGAGAACCUGCAAAGAACUUUUCACUCCACUGAGGGGAAGUUUACCUUCAUCAGCUAAACUCGGUUCCUCUCGAGCGUCGUGGUUGUGCCAGAAACCCAUCAGCAUCGACUCUUUUACCAAAAGAGACUCACUGAAGCCCACGCAAUUAGACUCCGAUUCAGCAAGUGAGAGCAGUGGAGACCCGCCCCCUGCCCCAUCAUCGGAGGCUCCGCCUACUAACUCCACCCUUAGACGCGGCAGCAUGAAGGAGUCGGACAUUCUCAGCGACGACGACGGGUUCAGUGAGCGCUUGGCUCGCCGUGACUCCACCCCCGAAUCGAUCGGGACUCGGUUCCACGAGCUGCGCCUGAGCGACGAGGCCCGCGUGGAACCCGAAGGUCGCGAAGUGAACUCUCCCGAGACGCAGCCUCAGCUGAAACGGGCUCACUUCGGCGCCGUGAGGCGGCGGUCAGCGAGAAGCGAGCCGAGACGCAGCCAGGCAGCGCUGCUGAGUCUGAGGCAGCACAGCCGCUCUCUGGACAGCCAAUCGGAGUCCGCGGCGGUCAGCGGUGACCUGAACAGGCUGCUAGAGCGCGACUUCAGCGUCCACAGCCUCACCUCCGUCACUAACGAGGACUGCUUCUAUGAAAACGCCACCAAGAGCAGCACCACAGCUACGACGUCAUAGCGAUGAAUCCGUACGCUCGAAUUUACUUUAACGUUCAGGUCAGUGAAUUAACAGCUAGUUUAAUGGUUAUUUAAAGGUAAUUUAAAGAUUUAGUCAGCGAUUUUGGACGAACUGUAAAGUUGUAACUUCAGUGGCCCCUCGCGAAGCCACACCCCCGCAAUCAUUUCUGAACAAACAAGAAAUAUGAUUGACAGGCAAGAAGAGACGCUUACUCGUCUGGGAGGUCCACAUCAUGUUUUUGUUUUCCCAAACGAGAGGAUACACUUCACCAAAAAUCACUAACUGCACCUUUAAUAGCCAGAGGAACACGUGAGUCGUAUCGCCGAACCUGUGCUUACCUUCAGGAAACAACGAUCCAGAUGUUGCAUCUGUUUAUUUUGUGCCUUGUUUAGCUGUGCUUUUAUUUUUAUUUGUACAUGCCUAGGGUCUUUAACGUUUUUAAGCUUUAUUAUUUAUUGAAAACUUUAUAUUCCUUUUGAACAGGAAGCCAAACCACAGGUUAAGACUUGAUUUUUUUUUUUUUCUUGAAGUAAAACGUUUGCACGAGUUGUGUGACUCAAACACGUGGAUCGUUACGGAACUCGUCUUAGUUAGUAAGGCGUAAGGUGUGUGAUGUACAGAACAGUCGAGCAGUCCACCACAAUCAGCGCUGAAUGUGCUUCGUGCUACGGCGGGUAACGUAAAAAAAACUAUCUUUUUUUAAACACCAAAUAUGUAUAGUAUUUUUUAUGAAUACCUGUAAUUUAAUUUGUAUUACGGUUUAUCAGUUUGGCAUUUUAACAAUUUAAAAAAGUGUAUGUAAUAAACUGUGUCGCUGAUUUGUACAGUAGUGCUGCGAAGAGGUUUUUAAACGAACUAUGAAUAAAAAUGUCUUUUGGUA